GUCUUGUUUGAGGCGCUACAGACAGAGGAGCAACAAUGGUGGCUGGGAUGGUGAUGCCCCUUGCCGAGCUGAGGGCGAUCUACGAGCGGCUUUUUCGGGAUGGCGUCAUGGUGGCCAAGAAAGACAAGCGGCCACAAACCAAGCACCCCGACGUCCCCGGGGUGAAGAACCUGCAGGUGAUCCGCGCCAUGGGCUCGCUCAAGUCUCGGGGUUACGUGAGGGAGACUUUUGCGUGGAGGCACUUCUACUGGUAUCUCACCAACGAGGGCAUUGUUUACCUGCGGGAUUACCUGCACCUGCCCGCCGAGAUCGUGCCAACCCCUCUCCAGAGGGUACGUCGGCCAGCUGCCACCCUGGCCCUUGCCCACCGCGCCGCCCGGGUCCAGACGGUAGAGGGUCCAACGUCUUACGUUCCCAAGCCCGGAAUGGAGAGCCAGGAAGGGCUGAUGGAGCGCCAAGGGUACCGGCACAAGAGGAUGGGGGGCGUCGCCGAGGAAGGGAUGCCAGCUGAGAGAACCCCCCGGUUCCGAGGCCGCCCAACAGCUAUGGAACAAGAGAAGCCCAAUGGAUCAUGGAAUUCUGGAAACCAAGCUCAGCCCCCCAUGAGAAAUGGACGGGCUUUUCGCCCAGAACCUGAGCGUGUGACGGAACAGGGCUAUGGGAAAAGGGUCGCCAUGGAGACCGCCUCCGAGAGGCCUUUGACGGAUGCUGUCAGUACCAAAUCGACUUCAGUGUUUACAGUGCAGGAGAAGGUUGUGUCUGGGAACCACAGAGGUAGCACUCAGGCUAUCAAAAGCACAACCACGUUCUCUGACAUGACUUCCUCCAAUCAAGCACAAAUUGCCGGCGCAGCAGCAGCGGUUACAGCUGCAGCAGUUGGAUUAGGUUUGUCCAAAAAAGAAGUGCCUAAACUCAACCAAACAGCCGGAAACAAACCAGACCAAGCUGUAGUCACUCAGGUGGAAUCUUCUGUUAAGGUGGAGAAACUAAAGAAAAGCACAGAACCCAAGGCCAAGGAGCCCAAGCCAUCUAAACCAGCCGAAACUCUCACAGACAGUGUUGAUCAAAUCAAAGAGGUGGUGGUGAAAGUUGAACGACAAGACUUCAAACUGAAGACUGCUGAUGCCAAGCCUAAAGAAGAUUCUCCUAAACCCCAGCUGCAGCUGUGA